UGGCAGAAAUGUAGAAUAUUGCCCUCAAUUUUUUUUUAAAUUUAAUUAUGCUUAAAAGUUUGGACCUUUUACAUUAUGGAUUAGAAGAUUUUAAACACUUUAUAUAUGCUUAUAAAAAUUCUAAGAAUGUUAUUCAGCAAUUUGAUAUAAUUGAUAAGUUUAAAGCACAUAAUGGAUGUGUAAACACAUUAUGUUGGAGUGAUAAUGGUCAUUAUUUACUCUCAGGUUCUGAUGAUCUUUAUCUAAAUAUAUUUGAUUCUAUAACACAUUAUUGCCUUUAUUCAAUUAAAACUAUUCACAAUAACAAUAUUUUCUGUGCCAAAUUUUUCCCAAAUAACAGUCAUAAAAAGAUUGUCUCUUGUGCUGGGGAUGGAAAAAUUAUAGUUACUCAAAUUAAUGAGGAAUUUGAUUUUAAUGGAUAUCAUAAUAAUGUCGAUAACAUUAACAAUGUUACUCAAAAUGUAUUUAAUUGCCAUAAUGGAACAGUAUAUAAAGUAUUGCCAAUUCCUAGAGAUGGAAAUUGUUUCAUAUCUUGUGGAGAAGAUGGGACUGUUAGGUUCUUUGAUCUAAGGAUCAAAGAUAAAUGUUUUGAAGAAAAUUGCAGAGAAAAUAUUUUGAUCAAUUGUGGCCAACCUAUCUCUUGCAUAGCUAUUGAUUCCUCUGCCCCUAAUAAUAUUGUAUGUGGUUGCUUGGAUAGUUCUGUUAGACUUUUUGAUCAUAGAAGGCUCAAUUUAAAUAUUGGGGGAAACGAUUUUGAACAGAGUUUAUCAGCGAUGUAUGGAUACUAUAUGGCAAAAGAACUGAAUGACACGUACCAUAGGAUAACUUCCAUAGCCAUCAAUCCAUACAGCCACGAAAUCUUAGUCAGUUACUCGGGAAACCAUAUAUAUUUAUUUAACACUCAGGAAUUUUAUGAAGAACCCGAAAUUGACAACCAUUUAAAUACAACAAAUGAUCAAGAACCUAACAACAUGGACCACAAAAAUUCCAUGAAUUACCAAAUAAGGCUAAGAGGUGAUUGGUCGGACACUGGCCCUAAUUCGAAACCCGAAAACACUCAAACGCGAACUCCUAAUACAAACCCAAAUAAUAAUGAUGCCUCUAUCGAAAAUGAUUCGCAUGUUGUUAAUACCCAUAUCUUGGAGUCUACAGAUAAUGAAAGAUCCACUGAUAGGAACGAUAGAUUAGGAGAAGUUUUGGUCAAACAAAUGACAGAGAUGUUGAAUAAAUUUUUGGACUUUAAAAGAAAUCGAAUUUCUAAUAUCGCUAUUAAGAAUGAUGAAAAUUUUAACGUGAACAACGAAAACGCUAACAAAAAUAACGAUUCCAUAUCGGUGGAUAGCAAUGAGAGAAUACCGGAAACUCAAUUAAACACGAUAACGAACGAUAUUCCAACUACAUCCGGAAAUUACGGAUCAAAUCUCUUAACGAGCAAUCAAUUGAAUGAUAGUGAUUCACAAGCUAACUUAUAUUGCAAACUCCCCAACGAACCCGUUUAUUUUCCCUCAGCACAUCACGAAGUUAGUCAAAAUUUAUAUCCCGCUCCCAAAAACUCGCCCAACCCCGAUUACGUAAAUGAACCUAUUACCGACAAUCAUGUUUCACUCGAGACUCAUUCGCCUAACGAAACUUCUGAGAAUACGAGACACCAAGUCUUAUUCACGAAUAUAAAAAAUCGUAAUAAAAAAAUAUCGAUUCUCCAGCAUUUACGGGAAAGGAGGAGCAAACAAAAUAAAACCACUGUCUGUCGGCGUUACAAAACUCAAAAAAUAUACAAAGGGCAUCGAAAUUCUCGAACCAUGAUCAAAGAAUGCAAUUUCUGGAGUGAUAAUUUCGUGAUAUCGGGUUCAGAUUGUGGUCAUAUAUUUUUUUGGGAUAAAAACACUGCCGAAGUAGUCAAAAUUUUGGAAGCCGAUAAACACGUUGUAAAUUGUGUCCAACCACAUCCGUAUCAUAUCGAAUUAGCUUCUAGCGGUAUAGAUUACGACAUAAAAUUUUGGGGGCCAAGCCCUUGCCAGGAGGAUUCGAUAUUAUCUGAGAGUGAAAGUCAGAAGUUUAUACAAGAUGUGUUGAACCGAAACGACGUUAUGUUGAAAGAAACUAAGGAUAUUGUUACCAUACCAGCCUCGUUCAUGAUACGAAUGCUUGCACACAUGAGAAGGCAUUUAAGGCCUGAAGGCAACGAUGAGGUUCACACUCCUAAUAAUGAGAGUACUGUUGAAACGGAGCAAAAUAUAGACGAUCAAAAUGGCAUAAAUCAUAUGGAAGAGGGAAACGAUCAAAUAAAUAUUUAAAAUUGUAUUUUGUUUGAAUAUUAGGAUAAAAUGUUAAGAAUUAUAAAUUAAUUCGUCGAAUAACCUUUAUUAAAGUGCAAUCAUUUAUUUUCAUAAAAAUUUAUAUACAUGACUAGAAUAAUUUAUUUAUCAC